AUGUCCGACCAAGAGCCCCAGGUCGAGGCGGUGCCCCAAGAGCCGCCGACCGACGAAGCUCCCCUCAAGAAGAUGGCGCCCUCGUCCCAGCGAACGGCAGCACCGAUGUCGCGCCUCCCCGAAAGAUCAAGAAGAUUAUCCGCAAAAGAGGCGCCCGGCCCGACCCCAAGUAGACCCGUCCUUUAUCAAUUCAGAGCCCCUCCGCAGACCGGUACCGUUUUCAACAUCUGGUACAACAAGUGGUCGGGCGGCGACAACGAGGACAAAUAUCUUUCCAAAACACACGCCAAGGGCCGUUGCAACAUUGCCCUGGAUAGCGGCUACACAAAGGCCGACAGGGGGCCGGACUGCGAUUAUCUCCACAGGUUACCGACCAUUCACGACAUGUUCCAGCCCAACGUUGACUGCUUCGGGAGAGACAAGUUUUCGGAUUAUCGAGAUGACAUGGGCGGCGUGGGAAGCUUUACGAGACAGAAUAGGACCGUGUAUGUGGGCAGGAUAACGGUGACAGACGACAUUGAAGAGAUCGUGGCGAGGCACUUUGCGGAAUGGGGCCAGAUUGAACGAGUUCGUGUCCUCAAUACCCGAGGCGUGGCCUUCAUCACCUACUGUAACGAAGCAAACGCGCAAUUCGCCAAGGAGGCCAUGGCGCAUCAAUCGCUCGACCACGAAGAAGUCCUCAACGUCCGGUGGGCGACACCCGACCCGAAUCCCAUGGCGCAAGCCCGAGAGGCGAGGAGGAUCGAGGAGAAGGCUGCCGAAGCCAUCAGGCGGGCCCUCCCCGCCGAGUUCGUGGCCGAGAUCGAGGGCAAGGAUCCCGAAGCGCGCAAGAGGCGUAAAAUCGAGAGCAGCUACGGCCUCGACGGAUACCAGGCCCCCGACGAGAUUCACUUUGCACUGGGCGCCAAUGCCGUCAACCCCCUUGGUAGGCGAGGGUUCGAGCAGGAGAAUGCCCAAGAGUACACGCCAAUGGCUAUUGAGCAGGCGCCGCCGCAGCCAGAGGGAGGCAUCUUUUCGAGCAGCACGAUUGCGGCGCUCAGCGCGGCCAAGGUUGCUGUGGCGUCGAAACCCAAGGCGGCGGCGCCAUCGGGGCCGCUCGUUGCGUAUGAGAGCGACGAUGACGAUGACGACGAAUAA